CGUUGUCGUGGUCUGCUUCGCCGUCUUCGUCGUCACAAGUGUGGUCCUGUGUAGGCUAUGGCGGGGCGAGGCGAGGCGAGGCGAUGGCGAUUCCAAGCACGGAAAGCGAUGCGGGCAUUCUGUUCUAUUCUUUUGUAUUCAAUUCAUUCCCGAGCAUACCCAUGUGGGUUGAGAUCAUUCCCCAGCUCCCCAUCAUGAAUAAAUGAAUGCAUGAAUGAAUGAUCAUGACUACUACAAGGCAAUCCCUGCGACCACGACCUCCCCGACUACGACGCUGACCAUGAUCGUGACUCUCACUUUCUCAUUCUCGUACUCAAUCACUCACUCACUCAAAAGCGAAGAAGAUCGAUGUGAGUGUUUUGCCUCUGCUUGUCCGCUCAGAGUUGGGUUUAUUGGGACGACGUCAUAUCUGCGCACGACGAGUGCAUGAGAUAUGGAAGACGAGGGCCCCAAGUACCCCCGACGGACGAGGCUUUUCGAUGUAGUGAAGGAUCCCAAUCCCCCUCCUCAACUGGAAACUCUUUCCAAUCAAGCCGAGAAGGACAGAAUUAUUGCGAGGUUUGAUGUCGGAGGGGUUAAAUUUACCACGGCGCUCAGCACUCUCCUCAAGCGGGACAGAGGCUCGUGGCUUGCAGCUUGGGCCCAGAAGUUUAUCACCUGGACGGCCCAGAACCACGAGUGUGAGGAAGUUGUUAUCAAUCGGGAUGGAAAUCUCUUCAGGUACAUUCUGAAUUGGCUCCGUGACGGCGUCGUCAUCCCUGACCUGGAAAUGCCCACAUACAUGAGUCUUCUUGAAGAAGCAGAAUAUUUUAAGUUGGCGGGGUUGGUGGUGGCGAUCAACUGGAUGUUGCGUGAAACGCGUGACAAUGUUGACGUCAAGUCUGUGAGGUCUGAGAUGAGUCGCCAGGAUUUUAUCAAAUUGCUGCAUUAUGGUGGUGGACUGAAGUUGCGAGGCGUGAAUCUCUCUGGGCUAAACCUGUCCAAUAUGGAUUUGAGAGGAGCAGAUCUUCGCAGGGCUCGAUUGAUCAAUACCAACUUCGAGAAUGCUGACCUGAGGAAUGCGAACUUCGAAGAAUGUGAGGCUACUGGGGCUAAUUUCAGAAUGGCAAGACUUGAGUCGUGCAAGUUCACAGGUUCGGGGAUGGUUGGAGCGGUGCUGGACGGUGCGAAUUUAAAGGCUGCAGAUCUGAGUUGGGCACGCCUCACGAGUGCAAGUUUUCGCAAGGCGAGUCUAGUUCGCGCGAGGGUGGAUGGCGCUAACCUUUACAAGGCAGAUCUCUACAGAGCAGAUGUGAGAGGAACAAAGUUAUGGAAAGCUACCCUCGGUGUAGAAAACUUGUCGGAGGCAGAGAUGUCCUGAGCAAAAGAAGCUGCUACAGCUAAGCUGACACCAUCAUCGCUCAUGCGAAAUAACUUCUCUCCUGAAGGCCUGAGACAUGUUAACCUGGAACCUUACUUGGGACUACCAGUGUGCUCAAUUUUACUGAAUCUUCAGGCUAUAUCAGCAUAGUCAAGGAAAAGAGCACGAGGAAGUUUGAAGGCAACCUUCUCUGACAUUUGCAAUUAACCUACGCAAUUCAAGUAGCAUCCAGAAGGAGAGACUUAGAAGUGUGCUGAGGAUGGCAUGUUAGAAGGCCGAGCCGCGGUUAAGCCACCUCUCGAGCUCCAUCUCUCCCACUGUAAGGAGCUUCAGCAUGUAAGUUGCUAAUCUACUGGAAAACUUUUACUG